ACGCAGUCAAUAAAGUUCAGUUUUAAUUUGAAAAAUUUAAUAAAUAAUCAAAAUAUUCAAUUUAAAUCACUAGUGAAUAAAAUUUAUUAGCACAUAUAAAUUUCGCAUUUGUAUAACAUUAUAACACGUGUUAAGAAUAUAGAAACUAGAAACAUGUGGAUAAAUAUUAUAAAUAUGAAAACAGUGAUCAGAGGCGACGAGCGUCCCAACAUGUGCGACUAAGAGAUCCUAUUACUAUUUUGUUGGAAGCUUUUUUUUCGAGACUUACGAGUAAUGUGCGGUUUAGCGGCCGACUUCAUGGUGUUACUUUUCCGUUACAGUGUUGCGCGCGCAUCUUAAAAUUUCACUCUCAUCAUUUUUUUCAUAACGCGCCCGCGGCUAACUUCAUUAUGUUACUUUUGUGUUAUAGUGAUGCGCGCGCAUCUUAAAAUUUCACUCUCAUAAUUUUUUCAUAACGCGGCUAAAGAAGUAUAACUUCAACAAAGUACUUUCAUACAAACUUCCAAGCCCCGUAUUACCCCCUUAGGGGUGGAGUUCCGUAAUAAUAUGUAGCCUAUAUUGACGCGACUUCUUAAUAAUAUUCAUGCCAAGUUUAAAGUAAAUCCAUGCCGUACUUUUUGAGUUUAUCCCGGACAUAGAUACAGACAAAGAGACAAAAAUAAAAAAUAAAUUCUAAAAAGUAUAUUUUUGGCUUCGGUAUCGAUAGUAGAUCACACCCCAAGUAUUCUUUUAAAAAAAUAUUCAAUGUACAGUUUUGACUUUCCUACCAUUUAUUAUAUUUAUAGAUGAUUAAGUAAAUGAGCACCUAUAUAAGUACAGGUAUCCUCAUCAUAGUCAACAGUCUACAGAGUGACUCGGACGUGAUUCCAGGUUUUAAACAGCAGGUCCCAGACGAAUAUAUUAUAAAAAGUAGCCGUUGGCAAUCAAGAUGAAGACUGCAUUAAUAUUCACUGUUUUGAUAGCGUGUCUGAUCCAAGCAGGGCGGGCAAAUGAAGCGUGUUCUCCAUUGUCAGUGUCAUUGUCAGAACCAGACUUCAGAGCACCAGGUCGUCGAUUAAGCGAAGAAUGGUGCCGCGAAUACAAUUGGGAGAGAAAAUGUUCAUCUGGCCAGGAUGUCGAAAUCAAUGAACAUCCUUAUUUGGGUGCCAUCGCAUACAGGAAAGAGAAUGGAGAUUUGAUUUUUGCAUGCGCAGCAACCCUCAUCAGUCCAAAGUUCGCAGUGACUGCUGGACACUGUUUGCGGAGCAUUAAUGGGAUGACUCCUGAGUUCGUCAGAUUCGGCAACAAGAACAUUACAUCUGAGACAGUUAUUGACGCCAAAAUCGACAGAAAAAUUUUUCACCCACAAUAUACUCAUCCCAAACGUAAAAAUGAUAUAGGCCUUUUGGAGUUUGAGAAUAGAUUGCCCGUGAACAAGGCCGUCACACCCGCUUGUCUCUGGUCGCAGGAGAUUGGCAGUGACGCUGCAAAGGUGUCAGCUUGGGCAACCACGCGUGGCAACAAAUCACCUGACGUUCUGAGAACUAUGACAGUGCAAAUAAUGGACUCCGAAUCUUGUGAGAAGGCCGCAAUUCCAUAUUUUAACAGACAUUUCCGCAAGUUAGAGGGUUACCUUUGCGUCAACGAUUCAUCCGAUCCUAACGAGUACUUUUCUGAAGGGUCUUCUGGAGCGCCAAUAGUUGUCUCAGCACCUGUCGCCGAAGGAGAAGACAUGUCGUACGUUAAAGCCUUCGCUACGUUUGGCUCCCUGUAUAGACUUGGCGGCAUUACCUUUUACACCAAGAUUCCCAAUUACAUCGAUUGGAUCGAACAACAAGUGUGGGGAAUAACUCUAUUUUAAGAUGAAAUAAAAAUGUUAUUUUGACAGAA